UGCUCUAAUACACUUUUUGAAUUGUUCACUCGUGUGCGAUAGCCACUCUUUGCCGCCGUUCCUUAUCACCGUCACUUGCUAGCAAUCCGCCACCCAGCAAUCACUUGCAAAUCAGCAAUCACUUGCAAAUCAGCAAUCACCCUAUCGCUUGCAACCAUCAUACACCCUCUCUUGCUUCACACCUGUGCCUUUUAGCAAUGAGUGCUAACGACGCCAUUCGCUCUACUGCGAAUGACAUCAGAACCACCGGACUCAAGCCGCCGAGAAAACUCCACAUUGCGCACAGACGCUCGCCGUCCGAGUUGACCAACUUGAUGAUCGAGCAGUUCAACUUGCAGAAGCAAUUGGAGUACGUGCAGCAACAACAACAGCAGAUCAUCCAGGAUCAGAAGAUGAACCCGGAAACCAUCCAGCAGGCCUUGGCCGCCAGUAACGGACCUGCCACGCCAUUUGCCCACCAGAGGGGUCACUCGAGAACGGGGAGCAACGUCGGCAGCACCUCUACUCCACACAGAAGAGGGGGUUCCGUUAACUACGGUAACUUGAGCCACAACCCAUCGCCCUCCACCAACCCUCCGGGGCUCACGGUUCCGACGGGUAACCAGGCUUUAGGCCACAUCAGAAGACACUCGUUGGGCAUUCACGAAGCUAAGAAAGCUGCUGCCUAUGCUCAAUCUCAAAGAGUGUCGCCUUCCAGAACCGCCUCCACCUCGGAGUCCACUCGUGCCUCUCCGCCACCGGCCCCUCCGGCCUUCAAGUUUCCUCCGGAGCCUGAAACUGAGUCGCCAAAAAGCUUUCUGUUCCCGCAGAAGCCUCCAGGCUUGGAGAUCCCCUUCCCCUCUGCCCCUCCGGGCUUAACUCCACCAAACGCGAUGACCCCACCUUCGUAUGGUGAAAGAAGGGGCCACACGCACUACCGCUCUAAUUCCCGCAAUUUCGACCCUAACACCGCCCUGAACAUCAACAGCAACUGGAGAUCACCGCUGGUGUCGUCUACUCCGCAGCAUCAGCCAUCACAGCCGCAGCAUUUGGAUCCAUUUGUGCCCGGCCACCGUAACCGCAGCUCCAUGGGCGGCUCAAUGUCCUCAAUGCAGGGCGUCAACCCCAACCAGGGUGCCGGCCCGCAGCGCAAAUCGUUGUUUGCGCCGUACUUGCCGCAAUCCUCGCUCCCAGAAUUGGUCGCUGAGGGCCGCUUGGUUGUGGGAACGUUGCGCGUGAACAAGAAGAACCGCUCUGACGCGUACGUAUCCACUGACGGGCUUCUCGAUGCAGACAUCUUCAUUUGUGGGUCUAAGGACCGUAAUAGGGCGCUUGAGGGCGACUUGGUCGCCGUUGAGUUGCUCGUGGUUGACGAAGUGUGGGGCUCCAAGAAGGAGAAAGAAGAGAAAAAGAGGCGCAAGGACCAACUGAUGAUGCAGAAUGACGAUGACAAGGAAGACAGCAAAAAUGAUGCCACCGGCAGCGAUACCUUCUCUGUUUCCGACACCGCCUCCAGCACUUCCACCAGGCCAGGCGUGCAGAGAAGAGGCUCGUUGAAACAGCGUCCAACGCAAAAGAAAAACGAUGACGUUGAGGUCGAAGGUCAGUCUUUGUUGCUUGUCGAAGAGGAGGAAAUCAACGAUGACUACAAGCCAUUGUAUGCGGGCCAUGUGGUUGCGGUGGUUGACAGAAUCCCGGGUCAGUUAUUUGCUGGUACCUUGGGUUUGUUAAGACCGUCUCAGGCGGCCAACAAUAAAGACAACCAAAACCUGCAGAACCCCCCACCAAGGCCAAAGAUCGUGUGGUUCAAACCAACCGACAAGAAGGUGCCAUUGAUUGCCAUUCCGACCGAGCAGGCCCCUAAAGAUUUUGUGGAAAACCACGAGGCAUACCUCAACAAGUUGUUUGUGGCCUCGAUCAAGAGAUGGCCGAUCACCUCCCUCCAUCCGUUUGGUACAUUGAUUUCCCAGUUGGGGGACAUCGAUGCCAGUGAGACUGACAUCGAGUCGAUUCUCAGAGACAACAACUUCUUGUGCGACGAGUACCCGGAAGACUCCCUGGGGGCCGAAAAGUACAACUACGUCGAGGACUUGCCUUCCAUCAAAGAUAUCGAUGACUCGCGCAAGGUGUUCACCUCCGAGUACAUCUUGUCUUUCACCCAGGCAAACACCAUCUCCGACCACGCGAUUCACGUAAAGCGACUCUCCGACUCCAAGAUCGAGUUGGGUGUGCACAUUGCAGACGUCACCUACUAUAUCCUGCAGGGUUCUGUCUUGGACAAGAAGGCCAGAAAGAGAUCUUCCUCGGUGUUCUUGGCCCAGAAAACGGCGCACUUGUUACCUGACCUGGUGAACAAGUUGGCGUCAUUCAUCGAGAACGAACAGAACUUGGCCGUGUCGGUGGUGUUUGAGAUUGAUACCAAUAACUUUGAGGUCGAUGGUGUGUGGAUGGGAGAGUCGGUGAUUGUGCCGAAGCAGAAAGUUUGCUAUGACGAAGUGGACUCGGUGUUGGAAGCAAGCUCCGCCCAAAUCCUUUCCUCUGCCACCUCUGACUACAUCAAGACGUUGUCACUCAUCUCGCGAGAAUUCAGAAGACAGAGACUCAACAACAAGACCUUGAACAGAACGCCGAACUUGGCGUUAUUGAACCAGUUGGACGAUGAAAAGGUUCGUUUGGACUUGAACAUCUUUAAGGACCACGCUUCGUUGUCGAUGAUGGACGAAAUCUUGUACAAGGUUAAUGCCGCUGUGGCUCAGAAGGUACACGCCGUCUUGGGCGAGAGUGCGUUGUUGAGACGCCACCCAUUGCCGACUUUGUCUAAGAUUGAAUCUUUUGCGAAGAGGGUUGAGAUUCUAGGGUUCAAUAUUGACACCUCCACCUCCACUUCUUUACAGACUUCUAUUUUGAAGAUUGAGGACCCGGUGAAGCGCAAGGCCGUGGAGAGCUUCUUGUUCAAGGCCAUGUCCCGUGGUAAGUACGUCAUCGCAGGUAAGACUGACAGCGAGCUGUACAACCACUACUACUUGAAUGUGCCUCUCUACACCCAUUUCACCGCUCCUUUGAGAAGGUAUGCGGAUCUCAUUGUCCAUCGACAGUUGAAGGCGGUGUUGCAUCAAAGAGAGUACACUGAUGACAUCGAAGCCUUAAAGAUGACUGCUGAGUACUGCAACUUUAAGAAAGACUGUGCGUACAGUGCCCAAGAGCAGUCGGUUCACUUGUUGUUGUCCCAAACCAUCAACGAGAUGAGUGAAAGCACUGGUCAGUUGUUGUGUAUGGGUACCGUCGUCCAGGUUUACGAGUCGGCGUUUGACGUAUUCAUUCCCGAGUUUGGCAUUGAAAAGAGAGUCCACGGUGAUCAGUUGCCCCUUGUGAAGGCCGAAUUCGAUAAAGGCAAGCGAGUGUUGGAGUUGUACUGGGAGAAGGGUGUGGAUUCUGCCACGUACAUCCCCCACGACGAAAGACAGCCUUUGUCUUACCGUAACUCAAUCAAGAACAAAUUCAGAACCUCCUCCAUGAAGGCCGCUAGUCACCAGAACAAGGUUCUUAUGGAAAACCAAGACAUUGUUAGUGAUGCGUUGGUGGAGAAAUUGGCCAAGUUAAACUUCGAAGCUCCGAGACUAGCCAUCCCUAGGGUGAAUUCUGGGUUUGCUGGUGCGUCACAACUGACUGAUUCCAAGUCGCUUCCUGGGUCUCCUGCAAAGAUGUCGCCGUUGGCCGCUGCGAAGGAGGCGGAGGAUAUCGUUGUUGCUAAUUCCAACACGGGUUCAGCCUCCUCGUCUACCUUAGAGCUCUUGAACCUUGGCGACGGGUCCUUAAAGGCAUAUUUAUCCCAUGUCAAGGUCAGAGUUGAGUCUGAUACCGGCUACUACAUCCAGGAAAUCAAGGAGUUGGAGCAGGUACCGGUUAUUUUGCGUGCCGAAAUAGGGAUGGCGUUGCCCUGCUUAACCGUGAGAGCGUUGAAUCCGUACACUAACGUCAAGUAGCCUCCCCCCACCUUCAUGUUUCAUUUGUAUCAUUUAUAUUAGUUUUGUUGUUUUUUUGCGUUUCCCAUUUAAUGCACAUUCGUUUUCUUUUCACUUGUACUAUUUAUCGAGUCGUGCGUAUCUGUGUUAAACUUGUUAGUCACUCUUUAGUGUCAUUGCCUUUUGUCGCCUAGCUGAUUAUGUGUCUCGACGAACAUUUUUACUAGAGACGCUUUUUACAGAACAGGCCUCAACGUCGUUAUCGUUCCACUAUUGCGGGAUAGAACAAAGUACUGUAAAUUUACGCACGAGCUCAGACUUUGACUAAGACUCUUCAAUCCGGUUCUUUUGGAUACCUUAGUACUUUUACCCGAGAGCUUACAAGAGAAGUGGGGCUCUAUCGCAACUGUUAUUCAAUUCUAAGAUCCAAAAAUAUUUCUGUGAGAAAACUGGAGUAAUUUCCCAGUAUAGACUCAGCCGAUAAACAAAUCUAGUAUCAAUCGAGAA